AUGAAUGGUGAGCAAGGGGCUUUUACAAUAUCAAUGAAACUGUCACUAGUGUAUACUGCUCAUUCAAAUUAAUAUAUCUCAUUUGCCGGUAGAGAUAUUCAAAUGUUGUCAACUGAUAAAAUGUUUAUUAAUAAAUUAUACACAUUUUAUUAGUUGACAACUUUUUGAUAUCUUUAACGACACCUGAAAUACAUCGUUUUGAAUGAAGCUUCUUGCUAGAAACUUAUCGGUUUCAAAGAAAUGCUAAAUAUCUUCGUGCUUUUUGUACUCUCAUUGGAAAGAUGAGUUUACCACCAGGUUGCGAGCUGCAGAAUUAUAAAGGACUCCCAGAUAAUCCAAUCGAUUUGAAACUGAAAGAGUGUACAGGUUUUCUAUGUUUCCAGACACGACUCGCCGCGUGCUCUCCGACCUGAAAGCCCUGAUCGAAUCGCGAAAACGGAUGGAGGAGGCGGGUCUUCUAGACGAGGAGGAGCUGAAAACGAAGAUCGGAAUCGAGGAGCGGAUGCGAUGGGAGAUCUCCGAGUGCAUGCGGGAGGCCCAUCGGCAGGCGCAGGAGAAGAAGAAGGCCGAGGAGAAGGCGAUCGGACAGAUGGCCUACAAGCUCGAACGGAAGAUUCGCGAGGUUAAGAGGCUGCAGGAGGAGGAGGCCUAUCGGAGACAAGUCGAGGAGCGGUACGCCGAGAGGCUCAUGCGGGAGCUGGCCGAGAAAGAGGAGAAGGAACGGAACGUCAGGCAGCAAUUGGAGCACAACAAGGCGGAAAAGGAGGAGGAGGAGGAGCCGAAGAACUAG